UGCUCCAACCGGCGUUGUUAGUCAAGUCCAAUGCAGGCAUAAAUAUGACACCCCGCAGCUCAAGAAAAGCUUCUCAGUCAAAACAUACACCCCAAGAGUACCCAAAAAACGAACUGCAAGAGCACCAUGUCAACUGCAACCCAGGAUAUCCCUGUCGGUCAGCGAACCGAACCCUACAAGGGCGCAGUGUCCACCCUGAUCGAGGAAAUUGCUGCAUCUCCUGAUGGUCAAACUCACACUCAGGGAAUAAUUUCUGCCCUUGAUGCAGUCGAGCCCCAGACUUUCGGCGACAAUGAAGUCGAACGUCUGCAGGUUCGCGCGGCUGCACGUCGCCUGCUGGCGAGAGUGGAGACUCCGUACGAGCGCGCAUGGGGGUUCUGUUUCGAACACCCUGUGGUGUUCGCGGCGCUGCAGACCUGUAUUGAUCUGGGGCUUUGGAAGUCUUGGACUGCUGCAGGAGGGGGCGAGAAGUCUAUCGACGAACUGGUUCAGCUUACUUCCCCCACCAUUGAAACAAAUCUACUGCGCCGAUUCUUCCGCUUGCUGGCGGCUUUCUACGUCGUCGAAGAAACUGCAGAGGACAAGUUUAAGCCGACUCCCUUCUCGUACGCCAUUGGUGAUGAGAGCACCAAGGUUCGCGCCUCGCUUCAAGCAGCGUCGUACCAAUACCUUGCAGCUGGCCACAAUCUGCCAGGCUACUUAGCAAAGACCUCUUACAAAGAGCCGACGGACUUCAUGUCGAAUAACUACACCGACACUGACCCGGAUAACCUCAAUUUCUUCGGUCGUCUACAGCAGAGUCCCACCCACUAUGAAUCGUUCACAGGGCACAUGGAGGCCUGGACCGCAUGGAAGACGCCGUGGACCAAGGUAUAUGAUACUUCCAGACUGCUGGAUGGGGCCAAUCUGGAUAACGGAUCUGCUUUUGUUGUUGACGUCGGAGGCAACACCGGGAUCGACAUUUCCCAUGUCCUUGCAAAACACCCUGAUCUUCCUGCAGGUUCUCUUGUUCUUCAGGAUCUCCCGGAAAUCAUCGCAAAGGCCCAGGUGGAUGACAAGAUAACUGCCAUGGUUCAUGACUUUUGGCUUCCGCAGCCGGUCAAAGGGAGCCGGGCCUACUUUAUGCAUGCGGUCCUCCACGACUGGCCUGAUGACAAGGCCAAGCAACUACUUGCCAACACCAGAGAUGCCAUGGUCAAGGGGUACUCCAAGCUCUUUGUCUACGACAUUGUCCUGCCUCCUACGGGUGCGAGUAUUAGCCAGACAACAAUGGACGUCGAGAUGAUGUCGUUGUUGUCAUCUGGAGAGCGAACGCAGGGGACGUGGCAGAAGUUGUUGACCGAAGCCGGCUUUAAGAUUGUCAAGUUCUGGCCCGACCCUCAGCAAUAUGAAAUGAUCAUUGAGGCGGAGGUUGCAUAAGCAUACUGUAUAUAAACGAUCCUGAUGUUCAUAAUAAUCACAAGUGGGCGGCAGGUAUGUCUUGGGCUGUUUAGUAUAAUCGUACAGUAUAUCAUAUAUUCAGGUACAGGUUCUAUAAUCCUUAACCAGAACAAGAUACUCCCAC